UACUGCCAUGAAUAUUGUGUUUCAGAUCUGGUUUGUCAUGCAACAUAGUUUGACUUUUGUAUGCCUUAAAAUUGGGUUGUAGGUGUUUUUUGACCAUUAGUUUCUCGCCUGGGGCGGCGGCCAAUCCUGGCUCCCCCACUGGCGCUAAGUCCAGCCGACCGGGCACUUUAUGCCCCCGUGUGCCGCCCACACGCACCGCACCCGUCUCGGUGUGGUCAUUCUCUGCCAUGGCGUUUCCUCCAUCUCCUCUCUAAACCGGGGCACCGCCUCUUCCAGCAUGGCGAUGAAUACCUUGAGCCCACGCCGGCCCCGCUGCUCUCCUCCUCCUCCUGCAGCCUCUUCCUCUGCAGCAGCAAAGAGGGAGAUUCCUCCUCUGUCCAGACUGUCCACACUCUCCGGAGGCCCCCCCAGAAAAAUCUAUCUGAAAGAGACUCUUGAGUGUCACCUAACUAAACAGCUCCUUAAACGACGCCGCCUUCACAUGUCACAACACCCCCGCAUAAAUCCUUGAUCUCUUCUCCUCUCUCCUCACUCUCUCAUUCCUUUUGUCACCAUGGCGCUACCUUGGGUCUUCGUCCUCCUCCCUGCCCUCUUCUUCCUCUCCUCCUCUGUACCCAACCUCUUCUUCUCCAACAGCAGCAGCAAUGGGAGUGGAGGGAGAUGCUCCCUCUGUCCACAGUCUCCAGAGGUCUCCUUCUGUCCACUGUCUCCAGAGAUCUCCCCCUGUCCCCAGUCUCCAGAGGUCCCCUAUAUUGUCAGCACGAGGUACAGGACUGCCUACCACUUCCAGCCUCCCAGGAACUGGAUCAAUGAUCCAUGUGGACUAAUGUACUACAAAGGCAUCUACCAUAAUUUCUACCAGUAUAACCCCCACUGCGCCCUCUGGUGUUGGGGUGACAUAACUUGGGGCCAUUCGGUUUCGACAGACCUUGUCAACUGGAUCCAGCUUGAACCCGUGAUAGAACCGGAUAACCCCAGUGACAUAGAUGGCUGCUGGACCGGUUCAGCCACAAUUCUGUCUGGUGGUCAACCGGUCAUCUUAUACACCGGUGGCAGCAGAGACAAGUGUCAGGUCCAAAACCUUGUGCAUCCCAAGAACCCGUCUGACCCAUACCUAAGAGAAUGGACCAAAACCGGCAAUAACCCAGUGAUCCAACCGGUAGUACCAGGUUUGAACAGAAGCCAAUUCAGGGAUCCGACGACCGGUUGGAUCGGACCAGAUGGACUGUGGAGAAUAGCAGUUGGUGCUGAGCUGAAAAGCUACACUGCUGCACUUUUGUACAAGAGUGAAGACUUUCUUAGUUGGACAAGAGUUGAUCACCCACUGUAUUCACAGAACUUAUCCAAUAUUGUGGAGUGCAAUAUGUGGGAGUGCCUGGAUUUCUUUGCGGUAUUGCCAGGCAAUAACACUGGACUGGACAUGUCCGCAGCAAUCUUAAGAGGAACCAAGCAUGCCCUCAAAAUGAGCGUGGGUUACUUUGAUAAGUACUUGAUUGGGGUGUAUGAUCUCAAACGUGAUGCCUUUGUGCCAGAUACUAUCGUAGAUGACUGUCGGCUGUGGUUGAAGAUCGAUUACGGCAAUUUCUAUGCUUCGAAGUCAUUCUUCGACUCGAAAAAGGGCAGGAGGAUCAUAUGGGGUUGGUCUAAGGAAGCAGAUUGUCGUUCAGAUGAUGUUGCAAAAGGUUGGGCAGGAAUCCAUACAAUCCCCAGGACGAUUUGGCUAGACAGCAAUGGCAAGCAGUUGCUGCAAUGGCCAGUUGAUGAGAUUGAGUCCCUUCGAACAAAUGAAAUCAACCAUCAAGGACUUGAGCUCAACAAGGGAGAUAUGUUUGAGAUCAAUGGAGUUGACACUUUUCAGGCUGAUGUGGAGAUAUAUUUUGAGCUGACGUCCAUCAAUGCCGCCGAACCUUUUAAUUCUUCCUCGCUUUUGGACCCUGAGAAGCAUUGCUGUGAAGCCGGUGCAUCGGUUCAUGGUGGUAUAGGGCCAUUUGGACUUGUUAUUCUGGCCUCCAACAACAUGGAUGAGCACACUGUCGUGCACUUCAGAGUCUACAAGUCACAGCAAAAGUACAUGAUACUCAUGUGCUCUGAUUUAAGAAGGUCUUCCAUCAGACCAUCACGGUACACACCAGCCUAUGGAGGCUUCUUUGAACUUGAUCUUGCAAAGGAGAGGAAGAUAUCUCUCAGAACUCUGAUUGAUCGGUCGGCGGUGGAGAGCUUCGGUGGUGGUGGUAGGGUUUGCAUCACGUCCAGAGUUUAUCCAGCGGUGCUCGCCGAUGUUGGCAGGGCCCACAUGUAUGCCUUCAACAAUGGAAGUGCCACGGUGAGGGUGCCACAGCUCAGCGCAUGGACCAUGAGGAAGGCACAAGUGAAUGUGGAGAAGGGUUGGAGUGCUAUUUAAAACAGAGCAAUUUGAUUUCCUCGAUUCUUUUACCAUCAUUCAUGAGCAUUGCCUGGCAAAAAUAAGGACAUUCGGCAGGAAAAAAAUAGCCUAUCAUUUCUUUGAUCUCAGUAUUCAUAUAUUGUACGUAGUUACUACUUAGUAUGCCCAUCCCAUCUCAGUUACUUGUAUCAAUUUUUAUAGAAACACACACUAGUCAUGAAA